CCCUCGCUCGGCUGGCGGGGCGGUGCAGGCUGGGGAAGCGGGCACCAGGCGGAGCCAUGGCGGAGCUGAGAGUGUUUCCCCUUUCCUGCGUUGUGCAGAAAUAUGCCUGGGGGAAGAUCGGCCUGGACAGCGAAGUGGCCAAGCUGCUGGCUAGCAGUGAUCCACUGGCACAGAUCGAUCCAGACAAGCCAUAUGCUGAGCUCUGGAUGGGAACCCACCCUAGAGGCGACGCUGUUAUUCUGGAUAAUCGAAUUCCCCAGAAGACCUUAGGACAGUGGAUAGCAGAUAAUCCUGGAUGCCUGGGAUCCAAGGUCAAGGAGACCUUCCAGGGCCAGUUGCCUUUCCUAUUCAAAGUGCUGUCGGUUAACACAGCCCUGUCCAUCCAGGCCCAUCCCAACAAGGAGCUGGCGGGGAAGCUUCACGCCCAGUUUCCCGAGCACUAUCCAGAUGCCAAUCACAAGCCAGAGAUGGCCAUUGCGCUGACCCCCUUCCAGGGCAUGUGCGGCUUCCGGCCCGUGGAGGAAAUUGUGGCUUUUCUCCAGAAGGUCCCCGAGUUCCGGGCGCUGAUUGGCAACGUGGCAGCGGAGCAGCUGGAGCGCAGUGUGUGCAAUGACCCUCGAGGCGUGUCUGCCGCGCUGCGGGUCUGCUUCACCAGGAUGAUGAAGAGCGAAAAGAAGGUCUUUGUGGACCAGCUAAACAUGCUGGUGAAGAGGAUUUCCCAGGAAGUUGCUGCGGGGAAGGACACCUCGGGGAGCAGCGGGAAGCUGCUGCUGCAGCUGCACUCGCAGUUCCCGGGAGACAUCGGCUGCUUUGCCAUUUACUUCCUGAACCUGGUGAUGCUGCAGCCAGGAGAGUCCAUGUUCCUGGGAGCCAACGAGCCUCAUGCCUACCUCUAUGGAGACUGCAUCGAGUGCAUGGCAUGCUCCGACAACACUGUGCGAGCCGGCCUGACGCCCAAAUUCAUUGACGUGCUCACCCUGUGUGAAAUGCUGAACUACACCCCAGCACCCAGCAGCUCCAAGGUCUUUGCCCCCACGCAGAGCCGCUUGGAUCCCUGUGUCUACCUCUACGACCCGCCUGUGCCAGACUUCACUGUCCUGAAAAUAGAGAUUCCCUCCUCUAUUAAGCUGUACCUCAUCUCAGCCAUCGACUCUGCCAGUAUCCUGCUGGUGAUCCAAGGCACGGCCGUGGGCACCUCCACCGCUGCCAUUUCUGAAAUGACCCUGCGCCGGGGCUCAGUGCUCUUCAUCUCUGCCAACGAGAGCGUCUCCCUGCACCUGUCCUCCCUGGAUGGAAUGCUGCUCUUCCGAGCCUGCUGCCUCCUCUAGUCUGGGACACUUGGCACCUACCCUGCUGUG